GUGUGUCUGGCUCCGAGUUUGUGCUGGGGUCUGCAGGGAGCGGUGGUGUCAAUCCGGAGGAAUGUGGGGAUUCGUGACCCGCCGGGGUGUAUGCGCCCCAGGGAGCGCCAUGGCCCGUGCACGCCAGGAGGGCAGCUCUCCGGAGCCCGUAGACGGCCCUCGCCCCUUCCCCCUCGGCCGCCUGGUGCCCUCUAGACAAGAGGAGCAGCAGCGACACCGCCCAUCACCCUGGAGGGUCCUGUACAAUCUCAUCAUGGGACUCCUGCCCUUACCCAGGGGCCACAGAGCCCCCGAGAUGGAGCCCAAUUAGGUGCCUGCAUUCGCCCGGUGGACGUCAGGGACCAGGGGGGCAGGACCCUCCCGCCUCCUGACGCCCUGGCCAGUGCGGGGCGCUUUUUCU